GUCUUUGUGACUCUGAAACUAAAAAGGGCGAAAAAACCUUCAAUUACUCAAUGUCUUCCAAAUGAUCAAAGAAACUGCUCAAAUAACAACGCGACGCCGGAAACCCUAAAUUUCCGCUUUGCGGUCAUUGAUGGACGCCGCUAGGGUUUCUGGUUUCUGAGUACUUUUGGAAUUGGAGUGAAGUUAGGAUUUUAGGAUCAUCAUCAUUUCGAAAGAGGAAAUCCUUUUCGAAGUUUGGAUUUCUCAGGCAUUGAAUUUCUUGUUUUUAUGAACUCGAAAUAGGUUUCUGGUCUCUGGUCUCUGAUUCUUCUUUCCAUGGCCAGAGGCUAUCUUCACUUGCUCCUGGCUCUUAUGUUGAGCUCUUGCUGCUGCUUGCAUGGGAGCUCCAGCUCAUUGGAAUCAGUACCUGAUCUUGUGAAGGCAAUGUAUAUAGUCGUUGAUGGUUACCCUUGUGUGCGCCUUCUCAACCUCUCUGGUGAAAUUGGCUGCGCAAACCCUGGUCAUGAAAAGGUGGUUGCACCCAUUGUAAAGUACCAGAGCAUUAAUGAAAGUCUCAGUCGCCCAUCUGCAAUUCUGGUGCCAUCAGAUGAUAUUAUUGGUUUCUUCAACAGGGUAUCAUCUGAUUUGCCCUAUGCACAGAGGGUAGCGGGUGUUUUGAUUGAAUCUGGCACCUAUUACCAAAAUGGAACAGGUUUCUCGCCAGUUGAAAAGUUUCCACAGGCUGAGUUUGCACCCUACAAGAAUGUCACCUAUGAAUGGAAUCCUAUUGGAUCAAAUAUUAUGCAGAACCACUAUGCGUUUCCUGUGUUUCUACUUUCUCGGAAUAGCACAUUGAUCUUGAGGGAGGUUGCUGCAAAGAAUGAGAAUAGCAUCAAAGACUAUCCUGUGGAUGUUGCAGAGUUUGACCUGAUUAUGCAGACAACGAAAAGUGGAACUCACAAUUCAGAAUCUUGUCUGAAGGAGCGGUCCUGCCUCCCUUUGGGUGGAUACAGUGUCUGGUCUUCACUACCACCUAUUAACAUUUCCUCAUCGAGCCCUGCAAAACCAAUUAUAUUUGCUAUGGCAUCAGUGGAUUCUGCAUCUCUUUUUCGGGACAAAAGUCUUGGAGCAGAUUCCUCGUUGUCUGGAUUGAUUGCCUUGCUGGCUGCAGUGGAUGCUCUUUCCCAUAUUGAUGGUGUCAAUGAUUUAAGGAAACAACUCGUUUUCAUGGUAUUCACAGGAGAAGCUUGGGGUUAUCUUGGCAGCCGUAGGUUUCUUGCUGAACUUGAUAAUGUUGGACAGUCGGUUGAUGGUCUUAACAUCACUUUGAUUGAGCAGGUCCUGGAAAUUGGAUCAGUUGGGAAAGGCAUGACAGAAGGGGUCGCAACUUUUUUUGCUCAUUCUGGAGAGAAUUCUUCAGCAACAAUGGAUACACUGAAUGCUUUACAACUGGCAGCCGGCUCAUUUAAUACUGAGAGCAUUCAGAUAAAAAAUGCAAGCUCUUCAAAUCCCGGCAUUCCUCCAUCAUCUUUGAUGUCUUUCAUGAAAAAGAACUCUUCAAUAUCAGGGGUUGUUGUUGAGGAAUUUGACACAGCUUUUUCCAACAAAUUCUACCACAGCCACCCGGAUGAUGCUUCAAAUAUUAACUCUUCAUCAAUAGUGGCAGCCGCAUCUUUGGUUGCUAGGGCACUUUACAUACUUGCUACCGAGGGGUCAAAACUUAGCACUCCGACUCUUCAAUCCAUUAGCAUCAACAUCACUCUUGUUAAUGACCUUGUGGGAUGCCUAUUGACUUGUGAACCAGGACUUUCUUGUGAAUUGGUGGCCAAAUACAUCUCUCCUUCGCAGAUUUGCCCCAAUCACUAUGUUGGGGUUAUGAUCAGUUCACCGGAGGCGCCACCCCAACAAUAUGCAGAUGAUACGUCUAGGUUUGUUUGGAACUUUUUAGCAGAUAGGACCUCUACCCCAAGAGAAAAUGGUAGCAAUUCGGAUUGCUCACAAGGUUGCGAGGGCGUGGAUGAAGUGUGCGUUGGCGCUGAAGUGGGUGGCAGGGGAGUGUGUGUGCUCUCUACCACAAGGUAUGUACCAGCUUAUUCAACUCGCUUGAAGUUUGAGUCAGGUUAUUGGAGUGUGGUUCCAGCAAGUCAUGGGGAUGAAAUGGGGGAAGUGGACCCUGUGUGGACAGAAAGCUAUUGGAAUACCAUUGGGCUUAGGGUUUACACAGUACAGAGCAGGGCUUACGACCUCAAUGUUUUGCUGGCUGGAAUUGGGGUGACCUUUGCUUCAUACGUUGCGAUAGUUUUUACCCGAGCCACUCUCAUGAAAGUCCUCAAGCAUGAUUGAGAGAGAGAGAGAUUUAGAGAUUUUGCUUUUUGUAUUUGGGGAAGGGAUUCAUACAGCUAUGGAGUUGAAUGGCUUUUCCUAUAUUGUAUUUUGUUGGAUUUUCUGAAAAGCAUCUCCCUUUUAUUUUACCUCCA